UCUAAUCAGAGAGAUUUAACGCAAGUGUAGUCUGUAGUGUACUGAAUAGUAAACAUUUAAAAAUUAAAUUUUAUUUUUCAUCGAAUUCAAAGUGUUACUGAGAAAAAACAUUUUUUGAUUUGAAAUGGCAUCAGGAAAGUUGGCUCUGUUAAGUGUUUCCGAUAAAUCUGGGCUCGUAGAGUUUGGGAAAAAUUUAGCCGCUCUUGGCUACCGACUUGUGGCGAGUGGAGGUACUGCAACAGCCUUACGCAAUGCGGGACUUAUUGUCGGAGAUGUAUCUGAUAUUACUGGAGCCCCUGAAAUGCUUGGCGGUCGUGUAAAAACACUGCAUCCAGCUGUUCAUGGUGGUAUCUUGUCAAGAUUGACAGAUAGCGAUCUUGCUGACCUUAAAAAGCAAAACUUUGAUCUUGUACACUUGGUGGUGUGUAAUUUAUAUCCAUUCGUUGACACGGUCUCAAAACCAGGUGUAACUGUAGCUGAUGCUGUAGAGAACAUUGACAUUGGUGGUGUUACUUUAUUGCGCGCAGCCGCUAAAAACCAUGAACGUGUAACUGUUAUUUGCGAAUCCAGUGAUUACAGUAAGGUUCUGGAGGAAAUAUCAAAAACCGGUGACACAACAUUGGAAACAAGAAAGCUUCUCGCCUUAAAAGCUUUCACACAUACUGCCACAUAUGACGAUGCAAUCUCGGACUACUUCCGUAAACAGUAUUCUGCUGCAGGAUCACAAUUGAACCUUCGCUAUGGCAUGAAUCCUCAUCAAAAACCUGCGCAAUUGUUUACGCAGUUGGAAAAGUUGCCAUUAAAGGUUUUAAAUAGCGCUCCAGGGUUUAUAAAUCUGUGUGAUGCCCUCAAUGGGUGGCAAUUGGUGCGUGAGUUGAAAAAAGCUCUAAAUCUGCCUGCAGCUACGAGUUUCAAGCAUGUUUCUCCUGCUGGUGCUGCAGUUGGUACUCCCUUGAGCAAAGAUCAAGCUAAGUUGUGUAUGGUUGAUGAUCUUUACGAGAUAUUGACACCUUUAGCUACAGCUUAUGCUAGAGCUAGGGGAGCUGAUCGAAUGUCAUCGUUUGGGGACUUUGUUGCAUUGUCUGAUGUGUGUGAUGCCGUUACAGCCAGGAUAAUAUCCCGUGAGGUUUCCGAUGGUAUCAUUGCUCCCGGUUACUCCUCCGAAGCCCUGGAAAUCCUCAAGAAGAAGAAGAAUGGUGGCUAUUGCAUUUUGCAAAUGGAUCCCGAUUACGAGCCUAGUUUGAUCGAACGCAAGACUAUUUUCGGUUUGACUUUGGAACAAAAGCGUAAUGAUGCUGUCAUCGAUAAGAGUUUAUUCCAAAAUGUUGUCACCAAGGGUAAAGACUUACCUGAAGCUGCUAUUCGAGAUUUGAUUGUAGCCACAAUCGCCUUGAAAUUUACUCAGAGUAAUUCUGUAUGCUAUGCCAGAGAUGGGCAGGUUAUCGGAAUUGGUGCUGGUCAACAAUCUAGAAUACACUGCACACGAUUGGCUGGUGAAAAAGCUGACAACUGGUGGCUGCGCCAACAUCCUCGUGUGGCAUCUAUGAAAUUUAAGCCUGGUGUGAAACGUGCCGAAAUUUCCAAUGCAAUUGAUAAUUAUGUAAAUGGAACUGUUGGCAAGGAUAUGCCAUUAGCCCAGUUUCAAUCAAUGUUUGAAGUUGUCCCUCCACAGCUGACCCAGGAAGAGAAAACUGAAUGGCUAAAACAAUUGAGUGGAGUUGCGUUAGGUUCAGAUGCGUUCUUCCCCUUCAGAGACAACAUUGAUCGUGCUAGAUUGAGUGGAGUUUCAUACAUUGGCAGUCCAGCUGGCUCGACAAAUGAUGCUGGUGUUAUUGAAGCUUGUAAUGAACAUGGAAUUAUUUUGGCACACACGAAUCUCAGAUUAUUCCAUCAUUAAAAAAUAAUUUUUACAAAUCACUACUGAAUAA